AAAACACGUGAUGUUUCUGUGCAGUUCAUUGAUUCACCCACCAUGAAAAAAGUUGAAAUGUUCUUCUCGCCCCUCACCUGGUUUACUUACGCCACGAUACCUAUUUUUCGGCUGGCUGGCUCUCCUGUUCGUCUUUUUUCCUAUAUCUUAGCCAUUGUAUUUGAUACUAUACAGUUAUGGAAAGCAAUUACGCCUUGUUCAAUAAGCAACACUACUUUUUCAUCCAACGAAAUAUCUGAAGACUUUGAAGAUUUCGUAUCUACCCGCGAAGCUCUUAAAACUAUUUUUCCGCAAUCCUCCAACGAAGAAAUUACAAAAUACGAGAAGCAGCUUAGUAGUGUGAAAAAUCUCAACCCUGUUCUUAUCAUUUCCGCAAAUAAAACAUGGAUCAAUCAGCAUGGUUUGCCGGCUUAUCACGCGGUUAUGGAUGUUUUUGCAACAAACGGUCUUCAAAAUAAGCGUAGAGAUGACUUCACAACCGUCGUUAAACUUUAUACUGUACGCGACAACAUUCGCAAUCUUAUUCCCAAUGCCUUCUUCGAUCAACCCUCCCUCCAGACUCUAGCACCUAAUAUUCGAUUACAUCCCGUAGGAACAGUCUGGAUAUUGACAAAAGUGGGAGUACACAAAAGCGAUUUCGGAAGUGAUAGUUCGUUCUUUCUUUCACACUAA